CUUAGUAGUCUUACAUGUUAGGAAAGACCAAGUUAAAUUUGUUGAGAUUUACUAAUAUUCUUGUAUUUUUCUUUAGUAUAGGUAAGAGAGAGGAAUUGUUUGAAAAUUUGGCUGUUGAAAUUGUUGUCAAAAUGGGUGAUGUUGGUGUCUCAGUUGCUAUUGGCCUUAUAAAAGUAGGAGUGUUCUUUUAUGAUGUUAUUUCCUAUCCUGUCUACGCCAUCCUACAGCGACCAUGGCAGAAACGCAGAGCCAUGAACAAAGACAGAGCAUAUACAGUUCCAACAUCAGAUGAUGAACUUUGCUACAGAGGAAUUCAGCCUGUCACAGAACUGCAGGUGGAGUUCAAGCGGAACAAAAUCACAACUCUGAGAGAAGCUCUGGACUAUGCAUUCAAAAAAUAUGCAGAGAAGAAGGCAUUGGGGACCAGAAAGAUAUUGAGCGAGUUUGAUGAAGUUCAGAAAAAUGGAAAAGUUUUCAAAAAGUACGACAUGGGCGACUAUUCAUGGAUCACUUACGCUGAGCUGGAUGAAAUGUCAUUGUGGUUUGGUCGUGGCUUGCGAGUUCUUGGCCAUGAACCCAAAGAAAAUCUGAUAAUUUUCUCAGAGACAAGGUAUGAGUGGCUGGUGUGUGCCGCUGGAGCCUUCAGACAAAGCGUUGCCAUGUGCACCCUCUAUGCCACCCUUGGAGAUGAUGCUGUAGUGCACGGCAUUAAUGAAACUGAGGUGCGUCACAUUGUUACUUCCCAUGAUCUGCUGCCUAAGCUGCGCACAAUCUUGCCUCUGUGCCCCAAAGUGACACGCGUCAUCUAUUUUGGUGAUCAACUGAAACCCACUGAUGUCACAGGGUACAAGGAAGGUGUCGUAUUCACCUCCUUCAAUGAAAUCCUUGACAAGGGCAAGAAAGCCGACUAUGCAGCCAUCAAAGACGUGCCCCCGGCUCCAUCGGACCCCGCGAUCAUCAUGUACACCAGCGGCAGCACCGGCAACCCAAAGGGCGUGAUCCUGAGUCACCAGAACCUGGUGGAGUCUGUGCUAGCGUACUCCAUUGUGAUGCAAGUCAGACCUAACGACGUCUACCUGGCAUAUCUCCCUCUCGCUCACGUGCUGGAACUCAUGGCAGAAACGAUCAUGUUGUUGUACGGGCUGCCCAUGGGCUACUCGACGCCCCUGACCAUGACGGACCGCUCGACUAAAGUGAAGCGAGGUACCCCAGGCGACGUGUCGGUCCUCAAGCCCACCCUCAUGCCAGCUGUGCCCCUCAUCCUGGACCGCAUCUACAAGGGCAUCCUCGAGAAGGUCGCUGCUCAGGGCAAGUUCAUCGAAGCUCUCUUCCAAUACGGCCUCGAGUACAAGAACAAGUGGUAUCGCCGCGGCUGGGGGACGCCCAUCUGCAACUGGUUCGUCUUCCGCAAGAUCCGCGCUCUGAUGGGCGGCCGCGUCCGCCUCAUCGCCGCUGGCGGGGCGCCGCUGCCACCCGACACACACGACUUCAUCAGGAGCGCGCUCGGCUGUCCCGUCCUGCAAGGCUACGGUCUGACCGAGUCUUGCGGAUGCGCGACGCUCAUGGACGUGGAAGACUUGAGCACAGGUCGCGUGGGCGCGCCGCUGUCCGUGUGUGACAUCAAAAUCGUCAACUGGGAAGAGGGCAACUACCGCUCCUCUGACAAGCCCAACCCCAGAGGGGAAGUUAUCAUUGGCGGGAACAACAUCGCUCUUGGCUAUUACAAGAACCCGGAGCAGACAGCGCAAGACUUCUACGAGAUGGACGGCAAGCGUUGGUUCAGGACUGGAGACAUCGGCGAGAUCGAGCGCGAUGGAUGCCUUAAAAUUAUCGACCGCAAGAAGGAUCUGGUCAAACUUCAGUUCGGCGAGUACGUCUCCCUCGGGAAGGUCGAGGCCGAGCUCAAGGUGAGCCCCCUGGUUGAGAACCUGUGCCUGUACGGCGACCCCAGCCGCAACAACACCGUGGCAAUCGUGUCGCCGUCGGUGCGAGCGCUGCGGGAGGUGGCGGCCAAGCUUGGCUUGCCUAACGACGCGUCCGUCGAGACGCUGUGUCAAGACCAGGGCGUGAAGGCAGCCGUGCUUGAGGAUCUUGCAGCCACGGCGAAGAAAGCCAAGCUGAUGCGUUUCGAGAUCCCUACGGCCGUGCACCUCACGCCCGACUUGUGGACGCCAGAUAGCGGCCUCGUCACGGCAGCUUUCAAGCUCAAGCGUCGCGCCGUCGAGUCGCGCUACCUCGACGACAUCCGCCGCAUGUACGCGUGACGUGACGUCCUCGUAUCUCUGUAGUGCGUCGCUCCCCACAAGUGUCGGGAGUGCGUCGCCGUCGAGAAAAGACACUCAAGAGUACCAAUGAAUUACUCCAAUGAUGUAUAAGAUUGUCUUGAAACUAUAGGGAUUUUUGUGAUUGGAGAACAAAUUUAUACAUGUCAAUAGUGUGUUAUUUAACAAUCUGCUAACUACGGUAUGUUGUUUAAUCACUGAACUGCCGUCGAAUGAAUACCGUUGAUGUCGUCAGUCGUCUUGGAAGUAAAUUCGGUUCGUCGCAUUUCAACAGGCUGCACGCAUGCCAACGUUUGUUUUGUGUGGCCCACCUUGAUUGGCUAGUGAACUUGGUGCAUUUGCAUUGCUCACUUUUUUGCUACUCAUAUACGGAUUUCUGCCCAGAUUUUUUAAGCGGCUGAUUUAUUAUGAUUCUGUUAGCCCUAUUUAGAAAGCGUGAAGAAUGCUGAUGUUUGUCUUUAGCGACGAAUAGUUACAUCAGAAGAUGAAUUGAUUGUAAUGGGGAUUGGAUGUAUAAUUUAUUCUCCCUAUUCCCAUUUUAGUCGCGUUAGUCUGUGUGAAGUACGUUGCUGUAGAAGUGGACCUGUAUGAAAGCAUUUCGUCACAAAUGUUUUAUUAUUUGCUAAACCAUUGCGCAAUUCUAUGCCAAGCUAAAUAGAUGGUUUUUGUCUCGUGAAGUUCCUCGUAUUCAUGUUGAACUCAUUCCAAUUUAGAAGUUAUUUCUAAGAUGCACAAUGAGUCGAUACAUGUUCGCUUUCAGUCUUUUUGUGCAUUGCUUUGGUAAGUUGGUCACGACGAAUGAAAUCUUCAUUUGCAACAAAUGACCACUGUCCCACUCACCAAAAAUUUCCGUAAAUAGUUUGUUUACUUACCUUAUUUAAUGAAUAAAUCCUGCCACCCUCAGACCUCAAAUCGAUUUUCGUUUGAAACAGAUCUUUCAUGAUGUUCAUGCUCGUUUGCUGUUUCUGUUGCUUGCGGGACACAAUGUUUACUCGCAUCUGUUUUGUGUUCAAUAUUUCUGACUAUUAAUCUAUCAGUUACUGAUUUUUUGCCAUGUUAGAACUCUAUCAGAUAGAUUCCGGUAAUUUUCUUAUCGUCUUGUUUAACUUUAUUAAUUUCUUCUGUGUCUCGUUAGAGUCUGAUAAAGUUUUGCUGAAACCUCUUGCUCGGGAGCUGGUAAUGUCGUCUCGUGGAACGUCUUACUUUAUCAUUAUCUCAGUUGUCCUGAAUGAUGUGUCCUACUAACUAAAUAAUUAUAUAAUAAGUUUCUUGCGUCUACAAUAACUUAUGUUUACGUUUUUUCUCUCAUUUAGUGCAUUUCAUUAUAUUUCUUUUAAGAUUUCUUCAUGUGCUAGUAGGUUUUUUGAUUAAAUUUUAGGUCUAAUUUGUGUGUGUGUGUUUGGCUCUGCUGGUUGCAUUGUCCAGCGUGGUUUUUCACUAACAGAUUUGUUGAAGGAUAUCAUCGGUGUAGACUUCUGGAGUGUCAGCACUUCACGAGAUGCUUACGAGCGAAUAUCUGGCGUACUUAUUUUCGAUCUUCUGAUUAUUUUUUAACAAUAGAUUUUAUUAAAUUUUCUGUAUACGCGGAGAUACGCUGAGUGCCGCUAUCUUUAGUUAGAAAUAUUGACGUUUUCCUCCUCGCUCAGUAUGCCUCUGUAUCGGGCCACGUGAAAUAAGCUUGUCUAUUUUUCCGUUGUUAACAGAAAAGGUAGCGUACCCGCGAAGUGAUAUGAAACUACAUUGCAUUUGAUGAUUUGGAUGGAAUGCACUUCAUUAGUGUAUGUUAAUAGUACCAAACCAUCUAACCUCUUCCUCAAAGUGAAACUAGUGAUUUAACUUUGUGUCAUUAUGUUAUCUUAUUUUGGCCAUGAUUUGUUAAUCUUAUUUAUGAUAAUACCUCCACAACUUUUUUUCAAGUUUUUAUAUAGAAUUUCCUUCCUUCAUUUCGUAAAAAAUGGAUAAUUGCGUUUCCUAGUAGCUCUGCUGACAUUGCUAAAGUAUUGCAGAAACUUAUUCGUCUUCAUCUUUUAGCUUGCUCUUCUGUGUCAUGGCCACGCCAGCGUCAUUUCAGCUCACAUUCACGAUAGUGUAAAUUUGCGUCAUUUGCACGCUAGCAUAAAUUUGUUCUAUCCUCACCUGACAUAAACUUGCUCCAUCGUCACGCACUGUCUUAAGGGUUAAAAUUUACGUUAUCUUUACCAUUCAGAAUAGCGUUUCUCAAAUAACACUUCAGUUUCUGCGCCGAUUCUAUGUAUUUAUUCCGCCACCUUCUUCCGUCAAUAGGCAAAACAAACAUGCGUCUGAGUAUGUCCCAUUUACUUUACUUCUUAUUUUCUAAGUGUUGUCUAGCUUGCAGUUUGGAAUGAGUUAGUUUUUUUCCGAACUCGUUCAGCGUCCUGUGCUAUUUCUCUAGUUAUAGUCGUGUUCUAGCGCCCAACAACGCUUGGUCAGUCCGUAAACAUGUUUACAAGGUACAAACUCCCACGUAUUUCAGUCGUUAUACCUGGAAGCUAAUCCUUGGCGGGUGAAAGUGUCCUUAUUUUAUUAGUUACAAUUUUAGGUCGUAUUUAUUUCAUCAACACUAGAGGCGUACGCUUACGUGCUUCGAUGGACUGCACACCUGCACGAAUUAUCAGCUGUAUGUGUGGGCGUGAGUAGGUUCACACAACCUGAGGGUGCAUUUGACAUCAAUGAUAACUAGAUAUGGCACCGCCAACGAAAUAAUAAAUGUAGUCAACAGGGCAUUAUUGUAGAUUUUUUCCAAUAUACUGUAAUAUCCGUGUGAAUGCGUGACCUAACUUUACUACAUGUUCGAAUGCAAAGGUGCGAGGGGUACUCUCGACAUUAAUGCGCAAACUUUGACUGUAGCAGGUGAUAAUUUGGGAUUCAUAUUCGUGUAUGGUGUGCCAUAUCGAAAAACGAGAUGUGUACGAGUGCGAUAAAAAAUGCGGUUAUGAUAACUUGCAACCCUAUGAUUAAUCGUCAACGUUUGUGCUGUUCGUGUUACUUGAUUCUAUUGAAGAAAUCUCAAUUGGUCCAGAAGCUUCUUCACAGCAAAUGACAAUUUGCUAUUAACCAGAUUGUCGAAAUGGAUGACAAAUUUUUCUGUAUUAAUAAAAACUGUAUCUGAUA